CUCACCACCUCCACACACAAUGAGCUACGAGUACCGCGCGCCGUCGCUGCACCUAAUUGACACCGCGACGCUGAUAAAGCAAGGCGCGGAGGCGCGGGUUUACGCGCUGGACGCCCUCCUCCCCUCGCCGUCGGUGUACUGGCCAUCUUCGUCGUCCGCCUCGUCCUCCUCUCCCGCACCCACCCCCGCGAUCCUCAAACACCGCUUCCCCAAAACAUACCGUCACCCAGCGCUCGACGCGUCGCUCAAUAAGACCCGCCUGCAGUUCGAGGCGCGUGCGCUGUUCCGCUGCGCGCGCGCCGGCGUGACUGUGCCCCGCGUGCUCUGGGUCGACGAGCCGGGCGGCACGCUCGCGCUCGAGCGCAUCGAGGGCUGGAGCGUGCGCGAGGUGCUCGGCGGCGGGGCGGAGGGCGAGGUCGAGGUCGGCGCGAACGACGAGCGCGAGCGCGACGGCACGGAGACUCCGCGCGAGGACGAGGAGGUGGUGGUGGGCGAGAGCGAGGGGAUGGCUGCGCUCGCGCCGCACGGCGGCGUGCCCGCCCUCAUGACGGCUGUUGGGGAAGCGCUGGCGCGGCUGCACCACACCGGCGUCGUGCACGGAGACCUGACAACGUCGAAUAUGAUGGUGCGAAUGACGCCAGACGGGGCGUCUCCGUACGAGAUUGUCCUAAUUGACUUUGGGCUUGCGUCGCAGGCGACGCUGCCGGAGAACUAUGCUGUCGACCUCUACGUGCUGGAGCGCGCGUUUGCGAGCACCCACCCCGCAAGCGAGGGCAUGUAUGCCGGCGUGUUGGAGGCGUAUGCCGCCGGACUCGGGGAGAAGAAGUGGAAGCCCAUCGAGGCAAAGCUCAAAGAGGUGCGCCUGCGCGGGCGGAAACGCGACAUGACGGGAUGAUGUGGGAUGUAUGGAUGUCACUGUCUGGGAGCUUGAUGGCUAACACGAGAGACCCCGGCGCAACGCCACUCUACCACGCAUUCUCACUCCUCAACCCCAUUCUGACUCCACAAGAACGAAUGCCGAGCCUGGCACUUCGGAUGGCGCGAAUCGUAC